UCACCCCGGCUCCUGUCGUCCGGCCGGCGCGACCAGGUCUGCGCCCGCUGCGGUGGCUUCGGCGCUGGCCUGGGCCUCCAGCGGAGAAAGAGUUAACCGGCCGGGCCGGGAGGAGCCCGAAGGGGAAGGAAGGAAAUUGCCGUCGUUCUGAAAGUUUUUUCCUUCCUUUCCUCUUUCCCUGCAGAGGUGAGUGUCAGGAGGCGGCGGCGCUGACUCUCCGGAGCCCGGCUCCGCGCCUCUGCUCCCGGAGCUGCUGCCCGACAGCCUGGGGACAGGGACAGCUGUCGCGCUCGGACCUCCUCCGUGGACCCCUUCCGAGACGGUGCUCCCAGCCAUGGAGGGCGCAGAGCUGGCCGGGAAGGUCCUUUCCACCUGGCUGGCGCUGGUGCUCGGCCUCAUCCUCCUGCCUUCGGCUUUCGGGGUGUCUUUGGGCAUCUCCGAGAUCUACAUGAAGAUCUUGGUGAAAACUUUAGAGUGGGCCACAAUUCGAAUUGAAAAAGGAGUCCCAAAGGAGUCGGGUCUUAAAAACUCAGCUUCUGUUGGUAUUAUCCAAAGAGAUGAAUCACCCAUGGAAAAAGGGCUCUCUGGUCUGCGAGGAAGGGACUUUGAGCUGUGUGACGUGUUUUAUUUCUCCAAGAAGGGCUUGGAAGCCAUUGUGGAAGAUGAAGUGACCCAGAGGUUCUCCUCAGAGGAGCUUGUGUCAUGGAAUCUCCUCACAAGGACCAAUAUAAAUUUCCACUACAUCAGUCUGCGGCUCACCGUGGUGUGGGUGCUGGGCGUCCUAGUACGCUACUGUGUCCUACUACCCCUGAGGGUCACCUUGGCUUUCAUUGGGAUCAGUUUGUUGGUUAUAGGAACUACACUGGUUGGACAGCUGCCAGAUAGCAGCCUCAAAAACUGGCUGAGUGAACUGGUCCACCUGACAUGCUGUCGGAUCUGUGUGCGAGCCCUCUCCGGUACCAUUCAUUAUCAUAACAAGCAGUACAGACCCCAGAAGGGAGGCAUUUGUGUUGCCAACCACACUUCCCCAAUAGAUGUUUUGAUCUUGACCACGGAUGGAUGCUAUGCUAUGGUUGGCCAGGUCCAUGGUGGAUUGAUGGGAAUUAUUCAGAGAGCUAUGGUCAAGGCUUGUCCACAUGUCUGGUUUGAACGCUCAGAAAUGAAGGAUCGACACUUGGUCACUAAGAGACUAAAAGAACACAUUGCUGAUAAGAAAAAACUACCCAUAUUAAUCUUUCCUGAAGGUAAGAAAGGGUGACUGCAUACCAAGCCUUAGUUGAUAACAACAAGCGUGAAAAGUGUAUGAGGAGGGACGCCUGGG